AUGAAAACAUUACCAACGCUUGUUAUAUCAACAGGAAUUUGUUAUUAUAAACGCCAAUUGUGGACCUACUGUUUAGGUGUUCAUAAUCUUGGAAGUAAUGAGGUAAUGAUGUAUGUUUGGGAUGAAUCGGUUGCUUCGAGAGGCCCCCAAGAGAUUGGAUCAUGUAUUUUACACUAUGUAAAAACUUAUGUAUCUUCUACCAAACUUAUUAUGUAUUCUGACCAAUGUGGAGGUCAGAAUAGAAAUAUAAAAAUGGCUACCAUUUGUAACUAUAUAGUAGCUAAUACAUCACUAUCUGUUAACGAAAUUGAUCAUAAGUUUUUGGUAAGCGGUCACUCAUUUUUGCCUUGUGAACAAGAUUUUGGCUUAGUUGAAGAGCAAAAAAAAUUCCAUCCAGACAUCCACUUACCUGAUGAUUGGAAAACUGUUAUAGCAUCUGCUAGAAAAACCAAUCCAUUUCAAAUUGGAAAUAUGACCAAAGAUGAUAUUUUCUCAACAAAGUCAUUGGAAAAACAAAUAACUAAUAGAAAAAUUGAUGUAACUAAUGAUAAGGUACAGUGGAUGAAAAUCCAAUGGCUUAACUAUAAAAAAGAACAGCCAUUUAUGUUCCAUUAUAAGUAUUCAAAUAAUACAGAAUACCCUUUUAACUCAGUUUACAUUGGAAAAAGAAAUUCAAAUAUUGAAGACUACACUAAACAAUUAGAUUUGUUAUAUCCAAAUGGACAUACAAUAACAGAAUUAAAAAAAAAGAUUUAUUGGAAUUAA